AUGAUUGUUCGAAGUGAUAGUAGUAGUAGAGUGAGUAAUAGUAGUAGUAGUAGUAGUAGUAGUAGUAGUAGUAGUAGUAGUAGUAGUAGUAGUAGUAGUAGUAGUAGUAGUAGUAGUAGUAGUAGUAGUAGUAGUAGUAGUAGUAGUAGUAGUAGUAGUAGUAGUAGUAGUAGUAGUAGUAGUAGUAGUAGUAGUAGUAGUAGUAGUAGUAGUAGUAGUAGUAGUAGUAGUAGUAGUAGUAGUAGUAGUAGUAGUAGUAGUAGUAGUAGUAGUAGUAGUAGUAGUAGUAGUAGUAGUAGUAGUAGUAGUAGUAGUAGUAGUAGUAGUAGUAGUAGUAGUAGUAGUAGUAGUAGUAGUAGUAGUAGUAGUAGUAGUAGUAGUAGUAGUAGUAGUAGUAGUAGUAGUAGUAGUAGUAGUAGUAGUAGUAGUAGUAGUAGUAGUAGUAGUAGUAGUAGUAGUAGUAGUAGUAGUAGUAGUAGUAGUAGUAGUAGUAGUAGUAGUAAGGGAAAGCAAUUUUUACUUCAUUCCAACUAUUAA